AUGCUUGCAAGAACUCAGGUGAAGGCUGAAGCAGAAAACUAUGUUACUUUGUUGACGCCGCAUAUGAUUGUAUUCCAAUUUGAAGAUGGCGUAGCCAGGUAUUUAGGCACGUUUUCUCCUGCCAUGUCGACUAUGUUUAGUGGCUCGAUUUUAGUAGAGGUUCCAGUGGAUUCCUCGGCUUCAUUUGGAACUCGAGAAGGUUCCUUCUGUCGAGUGCACGCUAGAAUGACUAACGCGAAGGAAAUGAGAGCAAAUAUUACUGCUAUUCCACCAAACAGGUAUGGAAUUGGAGAUUUCCAUGUUGGAAGUGUUUGCUAUUGA